UUUUAUUAUGAAAUCUACCCACGGUGUGUCGUACCAGGUGUUUACUGCAGUUGUUUGGCGCCUUUAAAAGUGGUAGCGUCUUGAAAGAUUCCCGAGUUCCCAAGAAGAGAUAUCACUGGAAUCAUGGCCCACCGCCUGGAGAGCAAGUACGAGAAUCUAAGCAGCCACUACCGGCUUAAGGGUCACGACUACCAGAAACAGUUUUGCCACUUGUACGCCCACCGCCUGGCCGAGAUGACUCGCCUUCUCACGCCGUUGGCCCAGAAGAAGUGGGGAGAGCAGGAGCCCAUUAAGAAGCUGUGCGAGCUGCGAGGCGAACAGGACAUUCACUGCAUCCUCAUUGGCACCAUCUACAAACACCAGGCGCACAAGCCCAGCAUCUUGAGGGACAUAUCCGAGGAGAACCAGCUUGCGCCGCAGCCGCCGCGGCAGAACUACUCUGAGCCCGAAGACAAGGUGGUGCUGGAAGACGAGUUACAGCGGGUGCGUCUCCAGGGAGAGUUUAAGGGCCAGCUUAUGGCCACUGGCGUUGUGUGCGCCGUCCUCGGUGGAACCGACAGCGAAGGCUUCUUUAACGUCGAGGACAUUCUAUUCUAUGAAGGUGGACCUCAGAAACCGCUUGCAACUGCAAAACAUUGUCGACUGCUUGUGCUGGUCUCCGGAUUGGAUCAGCUGCAAUCCCAUACCUUUGCGGAUGCCCUGAACCUCUUCCAGUACUGGCUGGCCGGAAGUCUGGGGAAUGGAAAAGAAGCCAGCUCUAUGGUGCGACUUGUUGUGGCAGGAAACUCGGUACGAGCCAGUGCCAUGGCCCAUGUGCCCACGCUGCAGGUGGCUCGCACCCAGGCCAAUGCUAAUGACACUGUCCAGGCCGUCGCUCAGCUGGACCAGUGGUUUGCCUCGUGGGCACGUAGCCUGCCUGUGGACAUCAUGCCGGGAGCCUACGACCCGGCCAACUUCAUGCUGCCGCAGCAGCCGUUCCACAAGUGCAUGUUUCCGCAGGCCGGCCAACUAAACUCCUUUCAUGCGGUUACUAAUCCGUACAACUGCCGCCUGGAUGAGACUAUGGUAGUUGGAACCUCGGGCCAGAAUGUAUCCGAUUUGCUGCGAAGCACUUCGUUGGAUUCCGCUCUAGAAGCCCUGCGCUGCACCCUCAUCUGGGGCCAUGUAGCGCCCACUGCGCCGGAUACCCUCGCCUGCUACCCGUACAUCGACAGCGACCCGUUCAUCCUCCGUGAGUGUCCGCAUGUGUACUUUGCCGGCAACUGUGAGUCCUUUGAGACGGCACUGCACGAGGGCGCCGACGGCAAGCGCACGCGCCUGGUGUGCGUGCCCAGCUUCAGCCGGACACAGAGCGUGGCCGUGGUCGAUUUGGACACCUUGGACUGUCGCCAGGUCAACUUUAACGUGGAUGCAGAAUGAGAGCCACAAUUAAGAUACAUCUAAAGAAACUAAAUAUAUGCCUGUUAAGUCUGAGA